CAGCCACGGCGAGCAAGCGAUGAUGAGCGGCGGCGCGGUGAAGGUGAUCGGCGCCCUGGACAGCCCAUUCAGCCACCGCGCGGAGGCGGCGCUGCGCCUCAAGGGAGUCCCCUACGAGCUUGUCCUGGAGAAGGACCUGCGCGACAAAAGCGAGCUGCUGCUGCGGCACAACCCCGUCCACAAGAAGGUGCCCGUGCUCCUUCACGGCGGCCGCCGCACCGUCUGCGAGUCGCUCGUCAUCGUCGAGUACGUCGACGAGGCAUUCCGCGGCCCGCCGCUCCUCCCCGCCGACCCCUCCGCCCGCGCCGCCGCCCGCUUCUGGGCCCGCUUCAUCGACGACAAGUGCUCGACGCCCUUCUGGCUGGCGAUGUGGACGGAGGGCGAGGCGCAGAGGGGGUUCGUGAAGGAGAUCAAGGAGAACCUGAAGCUGCUGGAGGGGCAGGUGAAGGGCAAGCGGUUCUUCGGCGGCGGCGACGUGGGCUACCUCGACGUCGCCGCCAGCGUGUUCGCGCACUGGCUUCCGGUCUGCGAGGAGGUCGCGGGCGUCAGCCUGGUCACGGCCGAGGAGUACCCGGACCUGUGCCGGUGGGCGAGGGAGUACACCUCCCACGACGCCGUCAAGCGGUGCCUGCCUGGCAGGGAGGAGCUGCUCGCCCGUUUCAGCGCCAGGAAGGACUCGUUUGUGGCCGCGGCGAGGUCAAUGGCAUGGAUAGCAUAAAUUUAAGUAUUGUGACAAGUGGUCAGGACUGCUGUCACGUACCGUCGAGCGCGGGAUAUAUGUAUACUCUCCGGCUCAGGCAAAUGCCAUCUGUCCUGAUGCAUGUGUUUUGUUCCUACUUUAUUUGACUGCUUGUUGAAUAAAAAAAGAUAUCCGGUUGUGUUC